AAUUGUAUUGCUCAGUCUGUAAUAGACUUUACUCAAGAACUUUUUUGUAAUAAAAUAUUCAUUGCUCAUUUAAAUAAAUAAGCUUCCAAGAUAAGCCGAGUUAUAAAGUUUUAGGUAGAAAAAGCUUAAGUUAUUAAGAAAGCUAAGGUAUUUCGGAAGUUCAAACUACAAAAACUACCAGAAACCUCGUGGCGUAUAUUUUUAUGAAAAACUCAAGCUUUAACAACAUUGCUAUUGCAAACAUUUCUUUGCUUUUCAUUGUUUUGUUAAAAACUUUUUAGUUUCCCAAAAAAGAAACUGUUUGUAAACCAAAGUUGUUUUUAUGUGAAAUUAGCACGCCUUACGUAAUGACAAUUUAAGUUAAUCCGCCAUUUUUUUCAGUGGUUGACAAAAUGGCUAGUCGUGGAAUAGGCAGAGGCGGUAGGGGAGCUCUCUUAGAAGCUGCCGCAAAAUGCCAACCUCCAAUUGGAGGCAGAGGACUUAUACGGGGCAUUGCAAAUCUGAAGCUAGAUAGAAGUUCGGAACACUCUGAUGGAAGAAUUAGACUAACCGAAUUAAAAGAGGAAUCGGCAGUAGGAAAAGUUUUCAAAGAAAAACAAAACAUAGAAAGAAGCGACGAAAAAUUUGAGAAAAAAAUAGAGAGAGAUGACAAAGGGGAUAGCAAAAACAGGGAAGAUAUAAAGGAUAAGGAUGACAAAGAGAUAAAUCGUCGAUAUGAACCGAAGAUCGAAGGAGGGUCAACAAAACACCAUGGUUCAAUUGGAACGAGUGCCAAGAUUAUCAGUAAUCAUGUGCGUAUAAAAGUUCAGGAUUAUAGUAUCUAUCAAUAUCACGUGUCAUUCUCUGUUGAUAUUCCAUCAAAACGAAAGAGAUACUAUGGAAUAUCUCAACACCAACAGCAACUUGGACAGUGUAUGAUAUUUGACGGCACCAUUUUAUUCUUACCUCAUGAACUUGAUAAAGAAAUAAAUCUUGUAUCCAACUUUAAAGAUGGCUCCAAAUGUGACGUGCGCAUACGAAAAACUAAAUGUUUAAGAGCGCAUGAAUGCAUUCAGGUAUAUAGGCUGGUUAUGCAAAGAGUUACGAAUCAUUUGCAGUACACUAACAUCAAUAGGCGUUACUUCAGCGUUGACAAGGCUGCAUACUUAAAAGAAGAAAAAUUAGAGAUAUGGCCUGGGUUGGUUGCUGCUGUUCAUGAAGAAGAGGACGGUGUCUUUCUAAUCUUGGACGUAUCGCAUAAAGUACUAAGGAUUGACACAGUAUACAACGUCAUUCAAGACCUAUUAAAGUCAGUCACGGGAGAGAGAAGUAAAAACGCUCGUGAGGAAAUUACUAGAGCUCUAUUGGGCCAAGUAGUUAUGACAAGAUACAAUUACAAAACGUAUAGAAUAGAUGAUAUUAAUUUUGAUAUGACGCCAGAGAGUACUUUUGAGUCGCAUGGCAAGCCAAUUUCGUUUGUGCAGUACUAUGACGAGCAUUAUGAUAUUAAAAUCAAAGAUCUUGGUCAACCUUUACUAACACAUAUACCUAAGAAGAGUAAAAAUGACCCAAAUCCUCCAGAAACAAUUUUGCUUGUACCAGAACUCUGCCAUAUUACAGGCCUUACCGACAGACAGAGAACUGACUUCAAGCUAAUGAAACGUCUGGCCGAGCAUACACGUUUAUCACCAACUCGUCGCUAUGAAACAAUGCAAGUAUUUAUUUCGAAUGUUUACAAAAACGAAAAAGCUAUGCAAGAACUACGGGACUGGCAUAUGCAUUUCGACCAUAAACCUUUGGAGUUGGAAGGAAGAAGAUUGCCGGAGGAGAAACUUAUGGUUGGUGACCGCAAAGUUAUUACAGCAGGACCUGUAGCAGAUUGGAGCAGAGAAAUCACUCGAUUGCCUAUGCUUAAACCGGUGGCAUUAAAUGUUUGGGUAUUAUUAGUUACGCAGAGAGAUGAGGGUGCUGCAAUGCAGUUUUUGAGCACGAUAAAAUCCGAAUGUAAAAACUUAGCUAUGAGUAUUGCCCAGCCAAAACUUAUGAAACUAAAGUCUGAUCGUACGUCGGAAUACGUAGAGAACAUACGUCAAUGCUUAGAAGAUUAUAAAGAUACUCAAAUGAUUAUGACCAUAUUUCCGAAUUCAAGAGACGAUCGCUAUAAUGCUAUCAAAAAAAUUUGCUAUUGUGAAAGAGGCAUUCCUUCACAAUGUUUAAAUGCCAGAACGGUCAGUGAUCAAAGAAAAGUAAGAUCCGUAACUCAAAAAAUCCUUAUGCAAAUGAAUGUCAAGUUAAAUGGAGAAUUAUGGGCGGUAAACUUGAGAAAAAUGAAAGGAAGUAUGUAUUGCGGUAUUGACGUCUUUCACGAUGCUCAAAAACGAUCUGUUGCUGGUUUUGUCGCUUCAAGUAGCCUUGACGCAACCAGCUGGUGGAGCAAGGCUUGCAUGCAAGCUCAUGGUCAAGAAAUUAUGGAUCAACUUCGAAAUUGUCUAGAGGAUGCUAUUAAGAACUUUCAUAACAAGACUAACUCUUUACCUACAAGAAUUAUCAUUUAUAGAGAUGGGGUUGGAGAUGGAGCCCUCAGAACCGUUGCUGAACACGAAAUAUCUCAAUUACGACGUGCAUUCAAAUCAUUCCCUGGUUAUGAUCCCCAGUUUGCAUUUAUUGUUGUUCAGAAGCGAAUAAAUCAGAGAUUUCUUUUAUACGAAUCUAGAAGUAAAUUUGAAAAUCCUGUUCCUGGUACAGUAAUCGAUCAUACCGUCACAAGAAAGGAUUAUUAUGAUUUCUUCUUGGUAAGCCAAAACGUUCGCCAAGGAACCGUCAGUCCAACACAUUACAUAGUGCUAGAGGACACUACAAAUUUAAGUCCUGAUCAACAACAGCAAUUAGCGUACAAAAUGACUCACUGCUAUUACAAUUGGCCAGGAACAGUUAGAGUACCUGCUCCUUGUCAAAAUGCUCAUAAGCUGGCAGCUAUGGUAGGACAGAAUCUACGUGCUCUUCCUAAGGAAUGUAUGAGUCAUACUUUGUUUUAUUUGUAA